CUAGAAUGAAGCUUUCUACAGCAAUUCUAAGUGAAAAGGUUCUGCCUGUUGUGACUAGAGUAUACUGCUGGGAAGACUUUUCUACUGCAAAUGAAUAGGCUUGAAUUUGUCACACUUGCUUUCCUGUUACAUGUACAUGACAUCAGAUGCCACUACAUGUUGAAGGUGAUCCAGGCUAUGGCACAACACCUGGAGGACGAUUCCCCUUUCUGGACGGGUCAGAGGCUGUUCCUCUCCUUAUCCCUGAACCAGAGGUCCACCAGUACAUCUGGAAGCCCUUGAGCAAAGAGGAGUUGGAGAAGUGCGCCGGCGGACCAGGAUGGAAGAAAUUUCGCUCUCGACUAGUUCUGGUCUUUUGGAUCAGUUGGCUGAUUAUGCUCGGCACUGCAGUCGCAAUAAUCAUUCAGACCCCAAGGGCUGUGUAUCCUUCACUCCACUGGUGGCAGAGGGAUGUGUUUUUUCAUCUGCAGCCGGCACUCUUCAUGGAUGUAGACAGUACAGAGACCAGCAGUAUCAGCAAGGUGUCCGAGCAGCUGCCAUAUCUGAAGUCACUGGGGGUCGGAGCUGUGAUCCUUGAGGGGUUGUUCCCACAUGACGAUUCCCCAUUAAACCUGACAGAGAUUGACCAACAGCUUGGUACUCUUCCACAGUUCAAGCGGCUUAUUAAAGAAAGCCAUAAAGCAGGUGUGAAAAUAAUGUUGGACCUUUGUGCAUUGGACCUGUCUGAGCAGCAGAGUAAUGGCACUGAGCAUUGGUACCAUACAUCAGGGCACAUUCAGGACUCAUUGAGGUACUGGCUGGAGCAAGGUGUUUCAGGGUUUGCAAUCUGUGACACAGACGCUGUCUUCACUGCAAAGACACUAAUGGAGUGGAGUGUGCUGAUGCAAGAGUUCAGUUCACAGGAUGAUGAAAGAAUUUUGAUGGUGUGGCAAACAGAGAAUACUCUUCCAACGCUCAACACAUCCAACCUUGUUGUUAACGGUUCACUGGUGGAGCUGGUUACAAAGUCACUGAUCCCUCCAUCACAUCAUCCAUUGUCGGUCUCUGAAGUGGCUCAAUCCAUGGAGGCCAGUCUACAGAUUGCACAGGGAGACUGGCUGAGCUGGACUGUGGGUGGAGAUGUACCAUGUGAGCUGCAGAGAGCCAUUCUCGUCUUAAUAAUGACGCUACCCGGAACACCCAUAAUCAAAUUUGGAGAUGAGGUCAAUCCAAUUCAGGAUGGUACUUUGAACACGUCAGCAGCAAACCAGCAGUAUCUGGGACAGCUGAAGCAACCUCUAGCUCUCUUCCACUCUCUGAGGCAGUCGCGUGCUCGUGAAGAGGCUCUGCAAUUUGGCAGUUUCUCCUUCCUCCCCUUCAAUGCCACCAUGUCCUCAUCCAACCCAAAUUCCACAGCCAUACCUCCUUUAGCUUUUUUGCGCUCAUGGGGCUGCGUUCACUUCCUGGUGAUGUUUAAUUUGGGUUUUGAACCUCACACUCUGGACCCUGAUUGGGCUCCCAGUCUGCCUAAAGGUGGUGUGUUCUUAACCAGCUCGGGACUUGACCGACUAGGCCCUGUGUCUCUUCGGUCAAUCGUAUUACAGCCACACGAGGCCAUUGUCAUAAAACUGUUUGAGUCAGACAACGUCUGAGUUGUUACCAUAAAAGUUUUCUUUUUGAAGGCCUAACGUAUCCCAUUAGUAGGCUGAGAGAGAAUCUGCUAACCUUUUUAACAUUUUCUGAGCUGAUUUUUGGAGAAAUAUGGUAAAAAUGUGUUAAGCUGAGCUACUGUAAGAACAGGGGAGAUGUAAUGCAAUUGUAAGUUUCUUUAAUCACAUCUCAAGUUAAACUGAUGACACUUAUUUAGCAAAUGCUAUCAGUAAUGUUCCCUCUCUGCUUGCAAAAAGGAAGCAUGGUCAUUUUGUUUUGAAAGAAGUGUUCAUCAAAAACUGCAUUGUUUAUGCAUUUGAAUUCAAACAUAUAUAUUUUAUGUCUAGGUUGUAGGUUAAAAGUUGGAUAAAACAUGAAUGACAGAUACUUACACUUUAGUUAACAACUAGCAUAUUACAUUUUUCAUAGCAGUGAGGACAGAGAUAAAAAUGAUAGGAAUCUUGGACAUUUUUAAUCUUUAAAAUAUUCCAUGUCAGCCUCCAAAUGACAUGAAGAUGGGAUAAAGGAUUUUAGGUUAUGUAGAGUAAAAUGUGUGCGCUGUAUAUUUAAAAAACAAAUUAAAUGUAACUAAAUUAAUAAACAUUUGCA